CUCUUCCUCUGCAACGACUCACAGAGACCAGAACACAAGAAGAACAGAAACUUCUUGAUCUAAGAUACAGAGACAGAACCCUAAGUCGAUUUUUUUUUGUAUUAUCGGUUUAGAGAUCAAAUCUCGAUCGAGAUAUGAUGGGAAAAGGGAGGUUUUUGACGUUCAGAAGGAGAAGGGUGGCGAAGAAGGAAGGGGGUGGAUUGAAACUUUUCGGAACAGCGGGGCUGAAAUGGAAGAGAUUGAAUUUCAAGAUGUCGUUUUUGGAGGCUCUGAAGUUCAAGAUCCUGUCGGUCUUCGAAGUGAUGAUCCUCGUCUCCAAGCUUGCUUUCUUCUAUCUCUGUUGCGGCUGCAAAUUCUGACACGUUCUCUUCUUCUUCCUCUUAGAUUCUGCAUGUAAAUUUCAGUUCGAGAAACAAAAAAAAAAUGCAUAAAUUCAGAUUCA